AACAAUAUGGAGAUUCUUUUCUUUAUGUUUAUAAUAGAAAUUAUUAUAACAGUACUGUGUAUUAUAUAUAUAGUUCUCGUAACUACUAAACUAUUUGGUUCCUAUGAGCCGCCUUCUUCCAACGAGUCGUCUAAAGACCCAUUGGUGCGGAUUAAAAAUUCAAUGUAUUCAUCCAUAGAUCCAACAUAUAAAGAAAUGGCGAAGGAGUAUCUCGGAAAAAUGGAGACAGCAUUCCAAGAUAUGUUCAUGGAAAAUUCAUAUAUACCAAGAACACGAAGAAUGGUACCAAGACCAAAAACUGGAGAACUCAGUAACUUUGGAAUUGGGUUGUUAUCAAUGUACCUGUUAGAUAAUAAAAAGACCGAGUAUUUGAAAAUCGUUGAAGAUUUGAUAGUAAAAAUAAAUGAACAACUAAACACAUUAAAAAAAUAUACGGAACCAUUGUUAUUUAUACCUUGGUACAGUAAUUGGUACUACUUUUCUGUUACCUUGAAUCGUAUGUUCGCGAUGUAUGAAUACAUCGGAACAAAUGAUGAAGUAAAAAAUAUUUGUGACCGUAGAAUUCUUCAGAUAACACCGACAUUGGAUAGAUCAUUAAGCUUCAAACGGGAUGGUGUCAAUCUUGUCUAUUUAGCGAUUCCUCGUUUAUUGACAAAUUAUUUAUACCACAGAUUGGUUUAUGACUCGGAAGUAAAAUCAGACUUAUUUGUAAAUAUGGAUCGACAAUUUCAGAUAAUUUACAAUUCUGAUAAUGAAAUAAAAAAUGGUAUUUAUCAAGACUAUUCAUGUAUUUGUCACACAGUUAUACCUAAUUUUGCAUACCUACUCACACUUGGAGGUUUUUAUAUCAAUGUAUACCGUGCGCUCGGUUUUAAAGAAGGUAUAAGUGAUGUUGUAAAGAAAAUAUUAGACAAAACCAUCCAUCAGAACUUGAAUUUCAUAGGCUACGGUCUGUUUACCCGGGAUCCAAGAAUAACUUGUAACGAAAUUUUAGAGAAGUACUGGCCGGAUUACCAAAGAAGUCCAGAUUUUGACGUAAAUAUAUUUCCUUUCAUGGGUCUGGGUGUAUUCAAAUCGCAAAAUUUCAUAUUAUCGUUGCGCGUCCAACGUGAGGGCAUGGCUGCCUACGAAUACAGUAAAUGGGUUCAGGAAUACGCUCUUGGAUGGAUUCAAAUGCGCAAAUUAUAUCUUGUGGGAGUUAAUUAUAGUUCAUAUAACAGUGAAAUGCUGUGGAAAGAUCUAAAAAUACAACCGGGUGUCGUUUCAUUUGCUGAAGAUAAAGACAAUAAAUUCGAUGCUUUCCGUACUACGAACCCUAAUGCAACUCUUCCAAAGUACUGUCGAAACAUUAAAUCCUAUAUUGGGCACUUGAAUGGUCAUAAGGAUAGAAAACUACUGUACUGGUUCAAUAAAUAUGAGUUUGGAGAUUUCUAUGGAGAAAAUGUUGAAAUUUCGGAAAGGGGUGUCUGUUCAGACAAUGGUUUAGUCAUGCGAUACGAAAUUAAAAAUCAGUCUGGUAAGGCAUUGAAAUUGAUAUUAAAGGACGCAGAUAUUGGUAAUAAAAUGAAAAUUAAACCCUCUGUUGAUGAUUCCGGUACAGGAGUUCUUAUCCCUGACAGCGGAGAGCCGAAAAUAGUUCAAUGGUAUCAGGUAUUUGAUGACACCAUUGAGCCCAAAACAGUUGAUGGGGAUAGUGCGAAUAAUUCUAUGUCAUUUACUAUUAAUCGCGACAUGUAUGUAAUUGAACAGCAUGGUGACUAUCAUAUUGUCAAAUGCAAUGGUGAUAUAAUACUCGCGGGUAAUUCAAGCAGUUUGCGUGACGCUAGUAUAACUCAUCAUGAUGUAUCUAGUGGUAAAGAUACAGUAUUCAAAAGAGAUUCUAAGACACUUAUGUAUGUACCUCAGUAAUAAUAGUUAAUGAUACGUUGAUAUGAACAUUGGAAAAAUUG